CUGACGAAUAGCUAAACAUCGGUCUCAAGAUGAUCCAUGCUGUAGUCAUCCUCUGUGUUCUUGCUGGAAUAUCUGCAAUCCCUGUUCAGAAGGAUUACUAUCCAAAAUCAGGAUGUGGACAUUUCGGAUGUUCUCAAGGAACACACGUUAUUCAACAACAAGGAAUCAUUGGAGGUGUCAGUAACAAUGGAUUUGAUGCUCGCUUUGUGGGGUUUGAUGGAAGAAACGCCGCCGCUUCUGCUUCCUCAGCCGCAACAAGUGGUUUUGAUGCGACUGCUUCCGCUUCAGCUGUUUCCGGUAAUAGAGGGUUUGCUGGACACCCAGGCGUUAUUGGCCUGAACAGUGGAUUUGGAUUUAAUGGAGUAAACCCUGCUGCUGCAGCUGCUGCUACAGCAGUGACCUCUGAAGCUGAGAGAACCGCUUUCCUUGGAAAUACUGGAUUUCAAGCUACGGCACCUUACAACGGACCUAUUGGUCAUCAGGUAUCCCGAAUCAAUUAUCCAUCUGGACCACUGGUGCAACCAAUCCCAAGUGUACAUUAUCCAACUAACCAGAUUCUUGGUCAGACCUCUGGGGUUACUGCUUCAGCUACUUCACUGCAGGGUGCUGCAGCCUCCUCAGCUGCAACAGGACUAGCUUCAGGUGCCACACAUGGAUCUGGAAUCGGAAUGGGAGCUGUCUUAGGACCCCAAUUUACAAGUAAUGUCGGUGUUCCAGUUUUACAACCAAUCCCAAGUGUUCAAUUUCCUACCAAUAAUGUCUUUGGUCAGAAUACUGGAGCAUCUGCUUCUUCUGCUGCUAUAGGCGGUUCCACCUCACUUGCGUCUGCUGCUGCUUCAAGUGCCAACAUUGGAUCUGGAAUAAGAAUGGACGGAGUUAUUGGACCGGAAUUUCCAAAUACAUUCGGGGGUCCAGUAAUUCAUCCAGGUCAAGGUGUAUACUAUCCUCAAAAUCCUGUGGUCGGUCAAACCUCUGCAUCUUCUGCGGCGGCUGCGGCAGCUGUUCCAAACGGUGCGUCCGCUGCCUCAGCUGCUGUUGUAGGAUCCCAAGGAUUCAGUGAUGGCCAAAUUAUCAGGAGAACAUCUGGAAUUAUCGGCAACAUCAUUCCUCGUAGAAAGACCUAUUAAAUCCACGAAUAUUCGGUAAAAGAGUAUUAACUGCGAUAUCCAUACAUUCAUACCAUGGUGACUGAAUUCCUCUUGUUUUAUUUAUUUAUUUAUUUCCUUGAAUAAAUAAUUGUUCAACGAAA